CGAGUGGCCGCGUAGGAGCACUUUGUCAGGGUUGAUCCCUCAAGCUUCAGCGUCGUCAAGCAGGUGAAGGUGACUGUCAUUGUGGUCAUCAAGCGCCUUGAACUUGAAGCGAACGCCUCCAGCAUCACCUCUUAGGGCUCCUAUCUACCGGACAAGUUGUGAUCAGCCCCCCGACCGGUGCCGAACCCCUUCUCGAAGGUUGUCCACGCGAGGUUAGCGAAGAUGUUGGUCGAGAGCUUUAAGGUUGAGAGCCCCAACGUGAAGUACGAAGAGGAUGCUAUUACCUCCAAGUACCAGUAUCAAUCCACAGAGCUCAGCCAUGCAGUGAAGGACGGCAAGAGCGAAUGGACCGUAAAACCCACGGCGACGGAGUACACAUUCAAGACAAGCACCAAGGUGCCCAAGCUGGGGGUGAUGCUGGUUGGCUGGGGCGGAAACAAUGGAUCAACUUUGACGGCCGGAAUCAUUGCUAACCGAGAGGGCAUGUCCUGGAUGACCAAGGACGGAGUGCGCCACGCCAACUACUUCGGCUCGCUCACCCAGGCCUCGACGUGCCGCGUCGGUUCGUUCAACGGCGAGGAGAUCUUUGUGCCCUUCAAGAGCCUGCUCCCGAUGGUCGACCCGAACGAGAUUGUGAUUGGCGGGUGGGAUAUUUCAAGCAUGAAUCUUGCUGACGCUAUGGCGCGCGCAAAGGUGUUGGACUUCGAGCUGCAGCGGCAGCUGGUUUCGCACAUGAAGGACAUGGUCCCCCUGCCGGGGAUCUACGACCCGGACUUCAUCGCAGCGAACCAGGGCGCGCGCGCGAACAACAUCGUGAAGGGGUCCAAGAAGGAGCAGUACGAGCAGAUUAUCCAGGACAUCAGGGCCUUCAAGGAGCAGACCAAGGUGGACCGCGUCGUGGUCCUGUGGACCGCCAACACGGAGCGCUUCAGUGACGUCAUCUCGGGCCUGAACGACACGAAGGAGAACCUGUUUGCCGCGCUGGAGCGCAACGAGGCCGAGAUUGCGCCGUCCACCAUCUAUGGCAUGGCGUGCGUCCAUGAGAAUGUGCCGUUCAUCAACGGGAGCCCCCAGAACACGUUCGUCCCUGGGCUGAUCGACUAUGCGGUGCAAGAAAACUCGCUCAUCGCGGGCGACGACUUCAAGAGCGGGCAGACCAAGAUGAAGUCGGUGCUGGUCGACUUUCUGGUUGGCGCCGGCAUCAAGCCGACGAGCAUCGUGAGCUACAACCACCUGGGCAACAACGACGGCAUGAACCUGAGCGCGCCGUCGCAGUUCCGCUCCAAGGAGAUCUCCAAGAGCAACGUCGUGGAUGACAUGGUGGCCAGCAACAGCAUUCUCUACGGCCCGGGGGAGCACCCCGACCACGUCGUCGUCAUCAAGUACGUGCCGUAUGUGGCGGACAGCAAGCGCGCGAUGGACGAGUACACGAGCGAGAUCUUCAUGGGCGGGCGCAACACGAUCGUGAUGCACAACACGUGCGAGGACAGCCUGCUGGCGGCGCCCAUCAUCCUGGACCUGGUGCUCCUCGCGGAGCUGGUCACCAGGAUACAGCUCGCCAAGGGCGACGAGGAGCCGCACAGCUUCCACCCCGUCGCGGUCCUGCUCAGCUACCUCACCAAGGCGCCCCUGGUGCCCAACGGUACGCCCGUGGUGAACGCUCUCUCCAAGCAGCGCGCCAUGCUCGAGAACGUCUUCCGUGCGUGCAUCGGCCUUGCUCCGGAGAACAACAUGAUGCUGGAGUUCAAGUGUUAACCCUAAAAAUUGCGCUUAACCAUUCCAGUAGUCAAGACCAGAGGUUACGAGGAUACAAAAGGGGAGCCUUCGUAACCCAGGGUCUCUGUGUAGACUAGGUUUGACACAAGCCAGCCUUUUAGAUUGGCUGGCGGUGUGUCGAUGACGCGCAAUUAUCUUCGCUAGCCAAAUGGAGACAGUAGCUCGAUUCAGUUAGGUGUGGGUAAUCAGACGGAAUCGUGUACCUACAGAGACAGCAAAUAAGCACUGAUGACCGUGUAAGCAAAUGCUGUCCAUAGCUAUUAGUGCGAGCAUGCAGAUAGGAGUCUGGUCCUGAAUAACACCCCAGUCGGGGCGAAGUCUAGUUGGUCCAAUUCUGUGUCGAAGUUAGGGUUGGCAUCAGGUGCUAGAAAUUGACUUGAUUCUUCCGUCAAACAAGCUACUGGGAGAGGCUAGCCACCAGUUUUCG